AUGAAAAGCCUACUAUCGAUUCUGUCCCAUGUAGUUCACGGAUAUGUAGGGAACAGAGCAAUCACAUUUCCACUACAGUACAAAGGGUGGGAUGUUGACGCAAUCAACACCACCAACUACUCAAAUCACCCAGGAUACGGUAGCUUACAAGGCUCAGCAUCUACGCCCGACGCAAUAAGAGAUGUCUUACAGGGUCUCCACCGCGUCUUGGAUCUAAACUCCUACGACUUGAUCUUGACGGGAUAUACACCUAAUGCCGAUGUACUUCUGGUUGUGAAGGACGAAGUUGUUCAAGUUUUGCAGAAACAUGACGGAAAGAUUCCACGGUGGAUUGUUGAUCCCGUACUUGGUGAUAAUGGCAAGAUGUACGUUCUGGAGAAAGUCAUACCCGUAUACAAGGAGAUAUUAUCAACUGGGUUGGUGUCGUUGAUCACUCCGAACCAAUUUGAAUUUGAGAUACUAAGCGACACAAAAAUACUGGAUUGGCAAUCAUGUGAAUCAGCCGUGACUGCAUUUGCAGAGAGAUAUAAAGUUGGAAACAUUGUGAUAUCCUCAGUUGAAAUUGAUCAUCAGUUGUGCUGCGUGGGGUAUAUGGAUGGGAAAAUGUUUAGCGAACCCAUACACAAAAUUGAUUGCAAUUUCAACGGAUGUGGCGAUUUAUUUACGGGAUUGAUUGCAAACUCGUAUUACGACAAUGGCUACAAGAUUACUCCUGGGUCUAUCGCCGCGGUGUUACAGACAUUAUACAACAUUCUUCAAUUGAGUUACGACUUUGAGUUUGAGAAACUGGGGCAGGUUCCUAAAGUAGUAAAAGACAUUAAAGUCGUUGCCGCAAAGAGGUAUUUAUAG